AUGUCAUUAUUGGGCCCCGAUAAACCUAAUAGCUCAUGCCUCGUCCCCUUCCUCUCCCCCCACCCCACCUCCUCUCUCUUCCCCCCCAUUUCCAAAUCUUUCAAUUUCGAUCUCCCCAUCUCCGAUCCCGAGUCCCAUCUCUUCAAAUCUUCCGAAACCGAUGCGAUCGUUGCUGGGUUUGUGCUCUUCUUCCCCAAUUACUCGACGUUCCUGGCCAAACCAGGCUUCUAUAUUGAAGACCUGUUCGUGAGGGAGUGUUAUAGGAGGAAAGGGUUCGGGAAAAUGUUGUUGGCGGCAGUGGCGGCGCAGGCGGGGAAGAUGGGGUACGGGAGGGUGGAGUGGGUUGUACUUGAUUGGAAUGUGAAUGCGAUCAAGUUUUAUGAAGAAAUGGGUGCUGAGAUUCUGCAAGAAUGGAGGAUUUGUAGGCUUACUGGUGAUGCUCUUCAGGCUUAUGCUCAUAAUACCUGAUAAACAACAACUAUGGUUUUGUUUUGUUUUGUUUUGUUUUGUUGUGAUUUUUUUUUUUUUUUUUAAUUUAACAGUUGGAAAAAAGAGAAUGGGAAAUUAGGGUUUUGGUUGUGAGAGUUGAUUUGGGGUUGUUGCAGUGGUGGUGGUGGGGAUUUAGGGCUAGGGUUUUUGUGAAUGGAAUGGGUGUGUUGUCACAUGUGCCCUGCAAUUUGGAAAUAGUUAUUCAAUGUUACCCGUUUGUUAGAUUUCUGUUUUUGCUUUGGUUUUGUUACAGUUUGUUUUACUCAUCAUUUUGUGUUGUUAUUUGUUGUUCUACUAAUUCUGAUAUCACUGGAUUUAUCCAAAAAAA